AUGGCUGAGACAGUAGACACAAUACCAAGAGAUGAAGAGGUGAUCCAAAAUAACAGUGGUAAUGAAGACCCAUUCUCAAAUCAUGAUGCUGUAAUGACAUCCCCUGGUUGUUCUGCCAGCUCCUCAUUUAUCAUCCUUAAUGAAGACAAAGGAAAUUCAGCGAUGCCAGAAAGGCUGUCCAGCCUCUCCAGCAAAGCCUUAGCCCAGGCAGAAGUCCUGACUGGCCCAGAGAUGGUGAAUGGUGGCCAGGUACAGAGGAUAACCUCUGGAUUGGCUGAAUAUCAUCAGACAUCUGUAAAUGCAUCAGUAAGUGCCUCAUCCUACCUAGCAGCAGUCAGUAACCUGCAGCCUUUGGACAUUACCUUGCCAUGCUCCACAAGCCUCUCUUAUGAUCUUGACCAGAGUUUGGAGGUGUUGCAGGUCCCAAGAGCGCCUGGUGACACUCUGCAAGAUGCCACUCCCCUACCUGGGAUGGACCUUGGGGCUUGUCACAUGCAGGAGGCAGGCAGUGGAGCUGAGGAUAAUAUGGCCCCUUGUAGCCUGGGCCAGUUGACGUGGAUGAAGACAACAAAAAUAAUGGAAACCUUAGAAAACAGGAAAAAGGAGGAGAAGGAGAAGUACCGGCUCCAGCUGGCUAUGUACCGACGGCUGCUUCUCUUGCGCUCUAUCAGGAGCUUGCACAAGCAGCUGGAGCAGCAGCAGGCCAGGUUGCAGGAAUGCUAUGGCAUGGUAAUAAAUACCAAGAAAGAAGUGUUGAAACACAUUUGCUCAACCUCACCCUCACCUUCACCAUAA